GGCACUUCACCGAAGCGUACAAAAUGGCGUACCAAGCAGCAGGAACGGAAAAUCUCCUACUCGUAACCGAUUCAUAUAAGGUUACUCAUCAUAUGCAAUAUCCUCCAAACACAACAGAUGUGUACUCCUACUUUGAAAGUCGGGGUGGUAAAUUCCCGUCAACAGUGUUCUUUGGUCUGCAGUACAUUAUCAAGCGCUGGUUAUGCGGGAAAGUUGUCUCAAAGGAGAAAAUCAAGGAAGCAAAAGAAUUGUAUAAACUUCACUUUGGCAAAGAUCUCUUCAAUGAAGAAGGAUGGAACUAUAUUUUAGAGGUACAUGAUGGUCAUCUGCCAUUGAGGAUCCGGUCUGUACCAGAAGGGAUGGUCAUUCCAUACAAAAAUGUUCUUUUUACAGUAGAAAAUACAGAUCCAAAAUGUCACUGGUUGACAAACUACUUUGAGACACUGCUGGUGCAAGUCUGGUACCCGAUGACUGUAGCGACCAACUCUAGAUACCAGAAAGAGAUCAUUGCUAAAUACCUUGAUGAAACAGCUGACACUCUAGAGAAACUUCCAUUUAUGUUACAUGACUUUGGUUUCAGAGGAUCUACAUCAGUAGAGUCAGCAGGUAUUGGAGGGUGUGCACAUUUAGUCAACUUUAUGGGUACAGACACAAUAGCUGGAAUAGCUACAGCAAGACAGUACUAUGGCUGCCCAUUAGCAGGGUUCUCAAUACCAGCUGCAGAACACAGUACUAUAACUACGUGGGGGAAAGAUGGUGAAGUAGAAGCAUUCCGCAAUAUGUUGACGAGAUUCCCGGAGGGUCUAGUAGCCUGUGUGAGUGACAGCUACAAUAUCUGGGAAGCUUGCGAGAAAGUUUGGGGUGGAGAACUAAAAGGACUGGUCGAGAGUAGGAAGGAUAAAGGGACGCUGGUGGUACGCCCAGACUCUGGUGAUCCUCCUACAGUGGUUGUUAAGGUUUUAGAUAUAUUAGCUAAAUGUUUUGGGAAGGAGAAGAAUAAAAAGGGAUAUUAUUUAUUACCAUCCUACAUACGUGUGAUACAAGGUGACGGCAUUAGCUACGAGACUUUAGGAGCUAUCUUAGAGAACAUGAAGAAGCAUGGUUGGAGUGCAGAAAAUCUUGCCUUUGGAAGUGGUGGUGCUUUACUGCAGAGGUUAGACAGGGAUACACAGAAAUGUGCCUUCAAAUGCAGCUAUGCAAAGUGCAAUGGGAAAGAGGUAAAUGUCUUCAAGGCCCCAAUUACAGAUCCUGGUAAAGAGAGUAAGAAAGGACGUCUGACCUUAGAAAAACAAGCAGACGGAAAAUUUGUUACCGUACAGCAAGGAGCCGGAGAUGUUAAAAAGGAUAUUCUAGAAACAGUGUUCGAGAAUGGUAAAUUGUUAAAAGACUUCUCCUUCGACGAGGUUAGAAAAAACGCAGAACUUGAACUUGUCAUUCAAAGGAAGAAAGAGUAGGAAGAUGACAUGGCACAACAGAAGAAAUAAUGUGUCACAUUUAAACUGCAAUUUCUUAUGGAGGCCAGAAGACAUGUUGCUAUAGUCCUGUUAUAACGAAUGACUGAUGAAACUGGUCACCAUGUGUAUAGGCUCCAUGUAGAAACACUAUAUUUAAACAUAUCAGAUGGAUGCAAAGAGUUCAUGUAUAAUAUAUUUCUCCCAUUGUCAUAUUUGUGCACAAACUUACUAAAUAUUUGGAAGGUUUAAAGUGUAGGACUGCUUCUGUUGUUGAUCAAAAUAUACCAGCAGCAAGCAUAAAGCAAGCAGUGGCAUAAUUUUUGUGUUCCAUACCAUAAGCUUGUGCCAGUAUUGGGUAUACAAAUAAGCAAGAUAAAUUAUCGAUCAUUACAUUUAAUAGGAAAUACCCUCUAAAGUGGUUAUUAUAUAUGUUUGAGAAAUCAUGAUAUUCUGGUGUUAAUCUGCAUGUUUGUCUGUUUAAUGAUAGUCCCUUAAUUAUGUCCACUUAUUGGUUGUUAAACUAUUGAAAUCUUUGAAGUCAUGGCUUUAUCUACAGUGUAAAAUGUGUCUUUUGGUAGUUAUGUCUCCCACCACACAAUGGUGUGGGAGACAUAUUGAUUUACUCCAGUCUGUGUGUGUGUGUGUGUCUGCCUGUCGCAAAGCUUGUCCGCACUCUAAGUCGAACAUUUUUCAUCCGAUCUUCACCAAACUUGAACAAAAUGUGUUUGACAAUAAGACCUUGGGCAAAUUCGAUAACUAACCAAAUCCACCCACGCACGUCUGAAUUAUGGUCCUUGAAUUACUGAUUGAGUCCACUCGUCCAAGCCAACUAAUUGGGUCCACUCAUCUAUUCCAUCUAGAGAAACUAGACAUUUUUCAUAGGGGCAGUUGUGGGAGAGGUGCGCUUUUCUCAAAAGCGUCUCUAGUUUUAUGAUAUGUUUAUACAGUUUAUUUUCCUCCCAUCUAUGUACAAUCAUGACAUUUUAUACAAAUAAUUGUGUAAUCAAAUGGUACAUUGCCACUUACAUUUGACUUGUACUAGACAAUAGUAAAAGAAAUAGAAAUACUCCUCACAUCUUGUGUACAUUAUAAAUUCAAGAGUAAGUAAGUAAAUUCUUUAUUUAUAGAUGGUGACGCUAAUCUUCUAUGAGGCCCUCAUAUAGUACAAAUAUUUACAGAUAUGGUUAAGAUUAAAACAGAAAAUGAUAUAAGUACCCCAUUAGAAAGUAAGAUACAAAUGUAUAACAAAAAUACAAGAGAGGAGUAUGGUACGUGAACAUCUUUAAAAUUACUUUCAUUGGGAUGAAAUAGUCAAGUAAAGUUAUUAAUACUAAUAGCAAAAGUGUGACAAAUAAAUUAUAUUAUUCUUAAUUGGAAGGAUGAUUACUUUAUUAAUUACUCCGCAAACACAAAUGAAAAAUUGAAAAUUUUGCUUUAAAUUGUAAAUGGUACAAUAUAUUGUUUAUGCCACUGUAUGAAUCAAAGCAGAUAUUAUAAUGUUGAUGUUGCAGAAUAAAUGUAAAGUUAUAUAUAUUGUUUAUGUCUCUAUAUGAACCAUAAAUGGUAUAUAUAUUGUCUAUGUCGCUAUAUUACCUACAUGGUAUAAAUGAUGUGAACCAGAGUAUGUGUUAAUGGUAUGCAUGUUGUUUUUGUCACUGUACUAAUCAAAGCAGAUGUAAAUGGUAUAUAUUAUAAUGUUGAUGUUGCAGUAUGAGUGUAAAGUUAUGUAUAUUGUUUAUGUCGCUAUAUUAACCAUAAAUGGUAUGAAUCAGAGCAUGUGUUAAUGGUAUUUAUUGUUUAUGUCGCUAUAUUAACCAUAAAUGGUAUGAAUCAGAGCAUGUGUUAAUGGUAUAUAUUGUUUAUGUCGCUAUAUUAACCAUAAAUGGGUAUGAAUCAGAGCAUGUGUUAAUUGUAUAUAUUGGUUAUGAUGCUAUAUUAACCAUAAAUAGUAUGAAUCAGAGCAUGUGUUAAUGGUAUAUAUUGUUUAUGUCGUUAUAUGAACCAUAAGUGGUAUAUAUAUUGUUUAUGUUGCUACAUUUACCUGUAAAUGGUAUGAAUCAGAGCACGAAUUAAUGGUAUAUAUGUUGUUUAUGUCACUGUACGAAUCCAAGCAUGUGUAAAUGUUAUGACUUAAAUCUUGUUGUAGUGUAACAUUAUAACUUUAUUAAGUAAUGGAAAUAUUAGUUCUUCCUUAAUUUAUGAAAUAAUGGAUCUUGUCUGCAUAAGACAGAACACAUUAUUUUAUGACAAUUUUAUUGCCUACUUCUAUUUACAAUUUCUCCCUCUAUAUAUACCUAUUACAAUGAUACCGGGUAAUUGGAAAGUAGAUGUACAUGACUAUUUCACAUUCAAACGUUAUUGGCAUAAUCAGUGCAAAUACAAAAAAAAGGUAAUGAUUAAAUAGAUGAUCAAAGAUCUAUGUAAUAUAACAGAUCUGACAGCCUCACAGGAACAGAGAGUGAAAUCUCGGUACAACUAACUAAAAUCUCAUUAUCACUUUAUCAGUGAAGAUGCUUUAGUUUUACAGUUUAGUUGAUAAGCGGUUACUUGCUUGGUAUAUUUGAUAAGAAUGAUUUCACAAGAAAAAGACAUUCAAUAGUCUGAUAUUUAUUAUGUUGUUGGGAUAACAGGGGAGGGGCCAAAGAACAAAAUUUUAAUGAAUUGCUAAGAAUAUUGACAAAGCACUACUUGAAUGAGUAACUUCUUCUCAUAUUUGCUAGGGAAGUGUUUUCAGUCAUUAUUCUUUGCAGUGAAUGGAAGGAAUUGCGAUCAGGUUAAUUACAUUUCAAGG